ACCUACCAAAUUGGAGAGAAUUUGAUAAUAAUAAUAAUGUCUGAGUAAUAAUUGAGCUGAAACAAACUAUGCAUUAUCUCAGAUAAACAACUGUGCUAUCGAUAAAAAUGCUGGCCGUAUAUACACUGAAAAAGUCAAGAAUGUACUACUACCGAAUAACAUAACACGGAAAAAUUGAAUCACAUUUUUACGUAUUGGGUGUUCUCUAUCUCAUCAAAUCUCCAUUGCUAUGUAUUUAAUGCACCCUUGUAGUAAUGAUUGUGUUCAAAUAAGUAAAACAAUUCCAUUAUAUCGUUCGUGCUGUUUUUUUAAUCCUUGUUUCUUUAAUCAGAAUUGUGCAUUCAUGACGGGAACAGUGGAAGCUGGGAGUAAUGAGUCGGAUGAGUCUGUUGAGGCAUGGUGGGAGAGAUUUUUAAAGCAAAAGCUUGCUGAUGAUGAGUUAGAUGUAGAGCUCCGGUCUGCAUGGGAGAACUGUGUUCAGAGACGAGCUAAAUUUGCUCAAGAAGUCAAACGAAUAAUGGAGUUAUAUCAACCAAUAGAGAAGUUACUUAACUCUACACUUAAAUCCGAUCGUGAACAACGAGGUCAAAGUCUCUAUAGAGAAUGGGGUAAAAUACGUCGUAAAGAAUGCCUUCUAGCUUAUUAUGAUAACGAUACAUUUCGUGCCACUUACACUCGACAACGUUAUAUAAAUAGUUCUACAAGUUUCCUUCAGGCUCUAGUCUAUCGAAUUAUACCGGAAAAUCCAGACGUUGAAGUUUAUUUACGGGAUCAUGUUAGUCGUAUUAUUAGUAUUGGUGUUGGUCCCGGGCCAGAUAUAGCUGCUUAUUUGGCAUAUGCACGUUGUCGUGGCUUCACUCAACGUAUUAUUUAUUUUGCCAUUGAUCAAUGUGCUGGAUGGGGCAAUUAUCUAGCUGCUUUUGAUCGUCAGUGGUCAUCUGAAUAUCAAGUGUCUGUUUGGUUCAAAAGUUCACGUUUUAAUAAUCGUGAUGAUGUAGAGACACUACCAGAUGCAGACAUGGUAGUAUUUAGUUUUGCUAAUACAGCUCUUAUGGCUAGUACUAUUUGGCCGUUGUUACAACAGCGUUAUCGAUUCAUCAUUGUUUUAGAUGGAAUUAAGGAGGUUGUUGUGGAUAGUUUCUUGAAUGCUGGAUUUAAAGAUAUUACUCUCACUGAACGAACAAAAGUGUAUUAUCAUUUUAAUGGGAUCCUUCCACUUGAAUCAUCUAUAACAUUAGAUCAUGUACUAUGCAGUUAA